AUGAUGCGGUUGAGCAAAUUACCUUUCCGAUGUAUAACAUCAGGGUACUAUGAAGAAAGGCUGCAGUCUUGUGUGUGGUCAGCGGCGUGGCUCCGUCAGGCAGAGGAGGAGGCCGCUCGGGAACACAAAAUCACGCUGUAUGAUUUAAUGCAACGGGCCGGGAAGGCGGCAUUCGGCGUCUUUCGCCGUGAAUAUCCUUCAUCGAGGCACUGGCUCAUUUUGUGUGGGAGUGGGAAUAACGGUGGAGACGGGUUUGAGGUUGCUCGCCUUGCCGCGGAUGACAAACUACGUGUGACGGUGUUGGCUGUCAAGGGAACAAAACCACUUCCUCCAGAGGCUUCCGCCGCGCAUGCCGCGUUGUUAAAGCGAGGUGACGUGAAAAUCCACGAUGCUGGCCAGUGGAAAGAGGCGGAUCUGGCGGAAGAUGUUGAUUUGGUGGUGGACGGACUGUUGGGCACGGGGAUCACCGGGGCACCGCGUGCUGAUUACGCGCGUUUAAUCGAGUUGGCCAACGCCCUUCCCGUACCUUGUGUGUCUAUUGACAUUCCAUCCGGUUUGAAUGCCGAAACUGGAGCUGUGGAGGGUGUUUGUGUACGAGCAGAACAUACGGUCACAUUUAUCGCAUUGAAGCCAGGCCUUAUUACUGGUCAAGCACGAAACUACACUGGUACCUUGCAUUAUGACUGCCUGCAGCUUGGGGAAUGGAUGCUGGAUCCAAAGCGUCAAAGUCAGCUUUUUUGUCGCCGAAUUGUGAGUUCACAUCUAAAGACGAUAUUUGCUCAAACACCAUCCCCAUGUGCACAUAAGGGUUCGAACGGCAGACUACUUCUUGUUGGUGGUGAUCACAAAUUUGGUGGGGCGAUUAUUAUGGCCGCUGAGGCAGCAUUAAACACAGGUGUCGGUCUUGUUCGCGUCGUUACGAGGUCAGCGCACAUCGGCCCAAUUCUAUCCCGUUGUCCGGAGGUGAUGGCCUAUGAUACCGAGGAAUGUUCCCUGCCUGAUCUAAUUCAGUGGUCGACGUGUGUGGCUGUGGGGCCGGGCAUUGGGCAGGCUGUAUGGGCUGAACGUGUCGUCCUCCAGAUUGCUCACACUCGUGAAUAUUUUACAGAGAAACCUUUUCUACUUGACGCGGACGCACUAAACUUAUUUUCGAAAAUGGUGUCAUCAGGGAAUUUAAAAGAAUUUGGACUACUUGAACGCAAAAACAAAAAAACGGUCAUCACACCCCACCCAGGGGAAGCCGCGCGGUUGUUGCAGUGCACUAUUGAAGAGGUUGAAAAGGAUCGAUUUCAGGCGGCAAAGAAACUGGCAGACCUUUAUGGAUUCACAGUACUGCUGAAGGGGCCCGGCACAGUAAUCUGCGCCGCCGAGGACAUAGAUAUUUCUGUCGAUGCAUUAAAUACCGCACAUGGUAUUCUUUCCUCGCGUUGUGUUGUAUCAGACGCGGGGAACAACGGCAUGGCUACCGGUGGUUUUGGAGAUGUCUUGACGGGUGUUAUUUCAGGAUUUUUGGCACAGGAGUUUUCAGUUUGGCAGGCCACGUGUGGAGGAUGUCUUGCCCAUAGCACCGCAGCUGAUCUUGCGGCAGCAGCACAAGGGGGUGUACGUGGGCUGAGGGCAACAUCGCUAUUCGAACAUAUCUUAACCUGCGUCAAUCCCUUAACUGAACGGCAGUGUGUGUCCCUGAAGACCGGGAGGAAUAUCGAUGACUGUGAUGGGAGAGGUGAGCCUGAGGACUCCGAAAAAAAGUCUAAAGUGGAAAAAAGCGAAAAAGAGGGACGGGCGUAG